CAGAGGCUCUCAAGAUUACACCAUGAUAUCCCCUCCCUCACAAGCAGAUAAAACCCAUCAAAAAACAUCUUAGCCUUUGAAAUCUGCCGUUGUUUGUGUUUGUUUGUCGAUGGCUACUUCGAUAUCUGCAAUUGGGUUCAAGGGAAGCUUGUGCUCCUCCUUCCACGGAAGCUGGGGAACUUCAAUGGCUGGGGAAGAUUAUGCCAUGUUAGCCAAGUCAGUACCAAACCAUGUUCGAGUUGGAAAGCCGGUGAGAGCACGACCCAUGAUGAAGAACGUCAAUGAAGGAAAGGGUCUCUUUGCACCGAUUGUUGUUGUUACUCGUAACAUCAUUGGCAAGAAACGCUUCAAUCAGAUUAGAGGAAAGGCUAUUGCUGUACACUCACAGGUGAUUACUGAAUUCUGCAAGUCAAUUGGAGCAGAUCAAAAGCAAAGACAGGGUCUGAUUCGACUGGCCAAGAAGAAUGGAGAAUUGCUAGGCUUCCUUGCAUAGUGGAAAAUAGUUUUAACUUCAUACUUCUUAGAUUUGGCACGUAAACUACAUUCCUAUAUAUCCUGAAUCCCUGAUUCCCUGAUUCCCGUCUGUAUGUACUUCUCAGUUUUCAGAUAGCUUUAAUAUAUAUUCAAUUAUCCGAA